CAGAGGUCUGGGGUUAGAUCAGGUGGCUCUGAUACCUGCAGCUAACUGGCUUCUUCUUCCCCAGGGACAAGGAUGGCCAGACUGCCCGUGGCCAUGAGCGCUCCUCAGUACUCCUGGGGCUGAGGCUGGGCUGGCUGCCAUGGGGCUGGGUGGGCCCUGGGCCUGGCUGCUGGGCCUGCCCACGGCCAUGGUCUAUGGCUCCCUGGCCCUCUUCAUCUCUGUCCUGCACAACGUGUUCCUGCUUUACUACGUGGACACCUUUGUCUCAGUGUACAAGAUCAACAAAGCUGACUUCUGGGUCGGAGAGACGGUGUUUCUCCUCUGGAACAGCCUCAAUGACCCCCUGUUCGGCUGGCUGAGUGACCGUCAGUUCCUCAGCUCCCAGCCCCGGUCAGGCGCCAGGCUCUCCUCGAGGGCCGUGGUGCUGGCACGGGUGCGGGCACUGGGCUGGCAUGGGCCGCUGCUGGCGCUGUCGUUCCUGGCGUUCUGGGUGCCCUGGGCCCCAGCUGGCCUGCAGUUCUUGCUGUGCCUGUGCCUCUAUGACGGCUUCCUGACGCUCGUGGACCUGCACCAUCAUGCCUUGCUGGCCGACCUGGCCCUCUCAGCCCACGGCCGCACCCACCUCAACUUCUGCUGCUCCCUCUUCAGUGCGGCCGGCUCCCUGUCUGUCUUUGCCUCCUACGCCUUCUGGAACAAAGAAGACUUCUCUUCCUUCCGCGCCUUCUGCCUGGCACUGGCCACUGGCUCUGGGCUGGGCUUUGUGGGGGCCACACGGCUGCUGAGGUGGCGGGUGGAGGCGGCCAGCAGGGAACCGGGGUGCCCAACCCUGGCUGUGGAUGGCGGCCUGUGUGAAGAAGAGCUGCUUCUUGGCGGUGAGGAGACGGGCAGCAUCACCUUGGGCCAGUACCUCCGGCAGCUGGCCCGCCACCGGAACUUCCUGUGGUUCGUGGGCAUGGACCUGGUGCAGGUCUUUCACUGCCACUUCAACAGCAACUUCUUCCCCCUCUUCCUGGAGCAUCUGUUGUCAGACCACAUCUCCCUCUCCACAGGCUCCUUCCUGUUGGGCAUCUCCUAUGUCGCUCCGCAUCUCAACAAUCUCUACUUCCUGCCCCUGUGCCGGCGCUGGGGCGUCUACGCUGUGGUGCACGGGCUCUUCCUGCUCAAGCUGGGCCUGAGCCUGCUCAUGCUGUGCGCUGGCCCCGACCGCCCUGGCCUGCUCUGCCUCUUCAUUGCCAGCAACCGUGUCUUCACUGAGGGCACCUGUAAGCUGUUGACCUUGGUGGUCACUGACCUGGUGGACGAGGACCUGGUGCUGAACCACCGCAAGCAGGCGGCCUCAGCGCUUCUCUUUGGCAUGGUGGCCUUGGUGACCAAGCCAGGCCAGACCUUCGCCCCGCUGCUGGGCACCUGGCUGCUGUGCUUCUACACAGGUCAUGAUCUCUUCCAGCAGCCCGCACUGACGCCUGUGGGGAGUGCCCAGCCCUGGCCAGAGCCCCCGGCUCCACCCCCACCACAGGCCCCGACGCUCCGCCAGGGCUGCUUCUACCUGCUCGUGCUGGUGCCCAUCACCUGUGCUCUGCUGCAGCUGUUCACCUGGUCCCAGUUCACGCUGUAUGGGAGACGCCUGCACGCGGUCAAAGCCCAGCGUCAGAACCUGUCACGGGCCCAAACCCUGGACGUUAAGAUGGUGUGAGGGGAGAGGCAAGGCCACCCUGCUGAGGACGCUACCUGCAGUCCUGGGCGGCCAGUCUCUUUCGCCUUCCUGGGGUGCAGCCUGGAGGACAGAUGGCGGAGUGGGAGCUCCUGGGGCUGCACAGGGAGCGUCACUGAGGUCUAAGUUCCUGCUUGGCUGUCGGGGCCCAGCUUGGGCAAGGGUUGGGGCAUUGUGCUCAGGGACCCGCUUCCUCCUGUGCGGCAGGGGGAAGAAGAGGAUCACGAAGGGAGGGGGCCCGCCCUGUGGGCACGUGGGGUUGCUGUGGGCACAGAGGCCUAUCCCCCUACCUGGCUGGGGCUGGCGCCCUAUGUGGGCUCGGAAACCACUUUGGCCUAGUCAGAGGAAACUGAGUCCCACCUGCCCCUUGCGGUGGCUUCUCUCAGAACUCUCUGCCUCAGCUGUGCGUGGAGUAGCGCGCCCUAGCUGCUGCGGGGCGCCCGCGCCCCCAGCUGGCCUCUCAGCGAUGUUCAUUUCAUCACAGCCUGAUCGAAGUCUGUCAUUUCUAUUCCCA